GCUAGAAGCCUAGAAGAAAGACUCAAAGUUGAGCUGGAGCAUAGCUGGAAUAGGAAUAGGAAGAGGAAUAGGAAUAGAAAUAGAAAUCGGAAUUGGAAUUGGAAUCAGCCAAACAAGGCAAUUUGUGGAGCCGUGAUUCUGAAUCAACAUUCCGAUUCCGAUUCUACAGCUCAAAGUCCAACUUUAUCUCCUUUUUUCUCUCUUUCCUUCUGUCUCUUUCUCUCUCUCUCUCUCCACUAUUCUCGCCGAUAAUCCCUUUUCUUUUGAAUCUUCAUAUUUAAUCUUCUCCCGGCCCACAACGCCAGAGAUUCAUUGACCAAACGUUUCCCCCACGCAGAGACUUGACUUCUACAGAGACCCGGAGAAGGGGCAAUGGCGGUGACAAUGAAGCAAAUGUCUGUCAUUGUUGCAACACUUGGUGUGUUGUCCUUCAUAUUUGGUGUGAUUGCUGAAAAUAAGAAGCCUGCAUCUGGAACCCCCAUUACUGGUAAAGGUGUCGUUAUUUGCAAGUAUCCAUCUGAUCCCACAGUGGCUCUCGGAUAUUUGUCUGUUGUAUUUCUAAUUGCUUCAACAGUGGCUGGCUAUUUGUCUCUAUUUUACCCUUACAAGGGGAAAUCUAUUCCAAAUGGUGCAUUGUUCCGUAGCACCUCCUUUUCUGUAUUCUUCAAUAUUGCUUUGGGCACAGCUGGAUUGGCAGCAGCAUUUCUGCUAUGGCCAACAAUCACGGAGCAACUUCAUCUGUCGCACAAUGUUCACCACAAUCUGGAAACAGAUUGCCCUACUGCCAAGACUGGUCUUCUGGGUGGGGGUGCCUUCUUAUCCCUAGACGCAUCCCUCUUCUGGUUGGUUUCCCUAAUGCUAGCUGACAAUGCCCGGGAGGACUACUUCGAAGAGGCAGAGGAAGAUCGCAAAGCUGAACGUGGUGGCCGUAAUAACAUCAAGGGCUCUGCCUAGGAAAUGAAAGUGUCCAAGUGCACAAUUUGCAUUAUAUUUCAUUGUUUGGUUGCCUCAUUAGAAACUCUUUUGGAUUUGGAACUUAAGAUUGUAAAUAUAUCAGUGAACGGCAACGCAUAUCCUUCCGUUUAACAGUGGCUCCUUUUGUGAAUCUAGUUUCUAUGAGCAAUAAAAUACAAUGUCUGGGUGUGAAAGUUGAAACAA